AACGUCCAUAUUAUCUAUGACGUCCAUUAAGAGAAUAUCGAUGUUUCGGUAGAAUUACUAUAUACAUACAUAUGUCGAUGUAUUAUUAUUACACAUUAACUUUUUAGUUAUUAUAAUUGGUUAAAUGGCUUUCAAAUUCUUGGCAAAGCAUGGAAAAACAUGUUUUUAUACUCCGUUAAACGUGUGUUUAUUUUCAAACAUAAGUGGGGUAGAAAUGUCGUACACAAUAUACGGUGAAAAUAAUCGAAAAGCUUCCCCGCUGAUAAUUAUGCACGGCCUUCUUGGUUCACAAAGAAAUUGGAAAAGUGUUGCUCGUGCCUUAGAAAAUAAGGUGGAUAGAAUGAUAUUCACCGUAGAUGCCAGAAAUCAUGGCGACAGUCCUCACACGCCUGAACACAGUUCAGCGCAUAUGGCUGUAGAUAUUAUCAAAUUAAUGAAAAAUAAAGGAAUUGCGAAGACAUGUCUGAUGGGGCAUAGUAUGGGAGGCAGAGCGAUGAUGCACUUAACUCUAAAACAUCCUGACUUGGUGGAGAAAGCAAUUAUUAUAGAUAUAUCUCCUAUAUCAGUACCACGAGAUUUUGAUCAAAUGGAAAGAACAUUCCAAGCCAUGGAAAGCAUUGAUAUACCUGUGAAGCAUUCUUUGAGUCAAGGGAGAAAAAUAGCUGAAAAUCAAAUAAAAGACGCGGUUCGAAAUCAAGCUACUGUUGAUUUUAUAUUAAUGAAUUUGAAAAAACGAGACAAUGGAGACUGCAUGAGAACUAUCGAUAACUAUGCUGAGGAUGCCAAAUUGUGUGGAUUUCAUUGGAUUCCAAAUGUUUACACCCUUCACAAGAAUUUGAGAUUAUUUGAUGAUUUUCUGAGUCAUGUGAAAAAUGUGCCUCCUUUCGAAGGAGAAGUGAUGUUCAUCUGCGGAAAUCAGUCGAAUUUUGUUGACCCAAAGAGUUGGCCGCAAAUUAAAAAAAUUUUUCCUAAUGCGGAGCUACAUUGGCUUGAUGCGGGUCAUUUAGUACAUUUCGAUCAGCCUGAAAAAUUUAAAAAUUUGGUUGUACAAUUCUUAAAUCGCUAAAAAAUUGUUUCGCCAGAUUAUAAAUUGUAUGCUAAAAUAAUAAGUAUAAAUUGUAAUACAUUUUAUUCUUAUA